AUGGAUUCUGGCAAAGAAAGGUCCGUUCCGCGUACAUUAUCCCGCCCUUCGUCCUGGAGUAGCCUUCCGGAACCCGACUUUCUUGGCUCGGAUUUUUCAACCAACAUCGCCGGUUCCUCGAUACCUCAUGGGUUUGGCAGCCCGUAUGGGUAUGCCAGCACCCCUCCAAGUUCGGCCACUCCGUCGUCCAUGAGCCCUGCAUCUAUGUCGCCCAUACCUACAGCUUAUGAUGCCAGUUCGAGCUCUCUGAACCUACCAUGGACCGCGCAGGGAGGACUCUACAGCUUGUCCAAUGACCAGUUGAUGGGAUCUCCGGCAUUGCAUGCCAACGAAAGCUCCCCCUAUUUCGCUGGUUCACCCGCCUCCGACAGCAUGUUAUACAUGGGAUCUUACGAGAACCAUGACAUCUCGCCAUUUGGCAGCGAAAUCUCACUGGCAUCGCAGGUGUCCGUGCAGAGCGCAGCCAGUGGUUCUUAUGGCAGGGCAAACAAGCUCUUCGACAGCCUUUACAGCUUGUUCACGCCCAGGAAGAAAUUCUCGUCAAAGUGGGACAGUGCUGAUGGCGCAUCGGAUAACGAUGGCCUGGAGACCGCGAGCGCACGAAAACACCGCAUAUCUCUAUUCUCGUCCAAAAGGACGACUCAAUCGCGGCCAUCCAUCUCAUCAGGAGGAGCCGCAGAUGUGCCUUUGGAAGCUACGACGAACGGCUGCUUUAACUGCAAGGCAGCUCAGAGCCCUUCGUGGCAUUGGACUCCCGGGGGGAAACUCUGUGCUGCUUGCGGCCUGCUUGACCAAAUAUUUCACGUUGGGCUUUGA